CUCCAGUGAAAGAGUUUGUUUUGCUCGAUAGUUUAUCAAAAAUAGUCUGUAUUUGGAAGUAUGCUGGCUCGGGGGUAGCGGAAUUACGACAUAAGCUUGUUCUGCACAGUACCACUAUAACUGCAGUCCUGUCACCAUGUGGUACUACUGCUGGCCCCACAGUGUGUACCACCUCAUCCGAUGGUUCCCCAAGACAAACAGGCUGAAGAUCCGUAUUGUGGUGACUAUCUUCACCUGUGCCCUGCUGGCUCCACAAUUCUUUGUGUUGACCAGAGAGCAGAGCACUCGGUACUGUGGGCAGCAGUUGUUUGACCUGCUAGUGGCCUCCAUCGUUUUCACCUUCUGUAUGAUAGGUUUUACGUUCCUGUUUGCGCUGAUGGACCCUGUGCCACGGGAAGUCAAACUGGCCUUCCACGUCUUUGGCCUGGCUUCAUUUGUGCUGGGUUUAAUCUACACAGUACAGACAGCCACUGGGGAGGAAUGUAGAAACAACACCCCAGAGUUGUACUACUUGUCACUGGCCUUCACAAUCAUGGCCAUGGUCACAGCUGGUUAG